CGGACGGGCGGGCGGGCGGCUGCUGCUGCGGAGGCUGCCCGAGGUUGGGGGGAGCCGAGCUCUGUCUGUCUGGCCAGAGGGUCUCGUCCCAGUCAUGGCUCUGCCGCUGGCGUCCCUGGGUCGACCUCUGGUCGGCUUCUUCUGCUUGGUCCUGGCUCGCCACUUGGUAACGGUCACUGCCUGCCCAGAAGCAGACUUUGGCCAACUCAUGAACGAACUCUGCCUCGCCAAGUUUAAACUGGAAAUGGAGGAGAUCGUGAAGGAGCUCUGGUGCGACUGGGAUCAGACGGUCAGGAGUUACAGAGAGGUCACCAACUGCACCUACCUCAUCGCUGAGAAGCUGGACUGCUAUUGGCCCAACCACCAGGUGAACGACUUCUUCCUGGCCAUUCACAGGCACUACUUCCAAGACUGCCCUGCCACGGGAAGGGUCCUGAAAGACCCGCCCAGCAAUAUCCUCUGCCCCUUCAUCGUCGCCCCCAUCUUGGUGACGCUGCUUGGCACAGCGCUGGUGGUGUACAAGAGUCAGCGGAACGAGGGCAUCGUGUAAGGCCUCACCACCGUGGUGUGCGCCACUUGAGACUUGUGCAUGCACGCACACCCCUACCAUCGUGACCUGAGACUGUGGGGUGGUCAGACUCCAGGGGCAUGCUGGGAAGGAGGUGGGAAGAGGCGGGCUGGCUCGAGAAAACCUUCAUUCAGUGCGAUGACAGCUUUUCUGAUGAGGGGGCUUAUUCCCUGCAAGAUGGUGGGUGGGUGGGCAGAGACGAGGAAGCAGUGUGGAAGACAGCAUGAACACAGACUGCAAACAGUCCUAUUCGUUUCCUCUAAACAACGCAUGCCCCUUGAGUAAUGCUAACAAUAUUUUUCAGUUGCUAACAGAUUUGAGAAUUAAGUUUGACAUGAGCCCCAUCUUGACUCAACCAACAGGGUCCAACAGAUUGGUUAAGGUUGGCCAAGGUUCCGUCAAGCAGAGAUGUUGUAAGCAGAAAUUAUUCCUUGGGAAGUCUUUGGUCAACCGUUUCUCUUGAAGUGUUCAUUCUCCAGAUGUGAUCCUCUGGCCUUACGAUGUUUCCAAUGUAUAAAAUAUUUUAUCAUGCUGUAAACAUGGAACAGGCUGUGUUUAAGUGAUUAAAAGAUAUAGUCUCAAAUA